GUUGCUCUUCUUCAACGGACCUGACUACUUCUUCAUUUCUCUCCCCUUCCCUCCCCACAAAACUCUUUCAACUCCCAGGACAAGCAGUUUCUCUUCCCCUUCUGAAGGACCGAACUGAAAUCUCUGAGGUUUCCCCAGGCCUUAAACCUUUUUCUCUGCAGUCUCAGUUUCCCUAAAGACUAGACUAGUCUUCCUUCACUUUGGACCCAGACACGUUUUGUCCUCCCCAGCGUUCCUCCACUGUGGGAUCAGGCAUCCAGCUCCUUCAACUCAGCGAGGACGGUGGAGCGAACCAUGCCCUCCGACUUUCUAACGCCUUUCCUGGAACUGGAUGAGGAGUUCUUCAAGAAUUUCCGCGGCCUGGAGGCGACAGAUGGCUCGCCCACCGGCUCACAGCCUCAACGGCAGCAGCACAGUCAACGAGUCCUGGGCUUCCAGCGUCGCCAUUCUCUGUGCCCUGUGACCCUCCCCAACUCCAAGUUCAACAGCAGCGCCAGCAGCAGCAGCAGCAGCAGCUCUGAUGUGAUUGACUCAGUCGGCUGGGGGCUCAACGUGGCCUCCAGCCAGCAGUGGAGCGGGGAAAGUCAGCUUCCCCUCUCCUCGCUCAGCCACAUCCCCUUCAGAGUCGACCGCUCUGUCAGCAUGAUCGAGGGUGGAAGUUUGGGAGCCAGAGAGGAAAAAAUGGCUAACCCAUCCCCAAAACUGCUGCUACCUCCGCCUGGCUUCGGCCUCAGCAACAGCUCCCUGUCCUCCAUCGCUUCCCCGUCUGCCUCCAGACCCCAGGCUCCCUCGCCUCACAUCUCCACCCGGUACAAGACCGAACUCUGCCGCACCUACGAGGAAAGCGGCACCUGCAAGUACGGCGCCAAGUGCCAGUUCGCCCACGGCAUGGACGAGCUCAGAGGCCUGUGCAGGCACCCCAAGUACAAGACGGAGCCGUGCCGCACUUUCCACACCAUAGGCUUCUGCCCGUACGGCGCCCGCUGCCACUUCAUCCACAACGCCGACGAGAUCCUGGACGGCAACGCUGGCGCGCCUCCGCAGAAACAGAAGCUGAGGCCUCCUCCGCUGCGUCACAGCUUCAGCUUCGCGGGCUUCUCCUCCUUGCCGCAGACAUUCCAAGGGCUCGAAGAGUUGCAGCCUUCCUCCCUCCUGUUCGCACGGGCCUCCUCUGUCUCCCCUCCCCCGUCCUCCACAGGGAGCCCCGAGCUCCUCUCCCCUCUCUUCCCUGAGCCAGGGGCGCUGAAGCAUUGUCCCUACCCCUUCUCUGGCAUCAGCGACCUGGGAGGCGACAGCGGCGAUUCGGCGCCACGGUUCUACGCCGUGACCGAGUCGGUCAGCGCCAGGUGUCCCGCCAAAAAUCCAAACCUCCCUUACCACCUCCCCCAGCAGCUGCCGGUGCCCCUGAGCAGCCUCCCCGGCCUUCAGCGCUGCUCCUCGGCCGACUCGCUCUCCGAGGAAGGCUACACCUCCUCCUGCUCCCUCAGCUCUUCCUCCAGCGGCACGGAGUCGCCAAGCUUCGAGGGCCGACGCCUGCCCAUCUUUAGCCGGCUGUCUGUCACAGACGAGUAGGGGGAGGGUUUUACUGUCGGGCUGAAUUUAAUCAGGGACCUCUAAUUGUUUAAACUCUAUGUGACGAAAAUGUGAUAGUUGGGUUGUUGUUUUUUUGCCUAGUCCAAAAACCAAAAAGCAGCUUUGACCUAUUUUUUCCUAUGCACAAUAUAGGGUCUAAAUAAAGCAGAAACUUCAUCAUCACAAGAUUUUGAAAACAGUUAAAGAGUUAAGAUACAAGUCACAAAGGAGUCAAACAUUAGGGUUUCAGUCCCUCCCUAGAUCCAGCUAGGUAAACGUACCUAACUUUGUGCAUAUUGCAUUUCUCAUCCAAGCAGUUGUAGCGCUGCUCAGUGUUCGUCCAGUUUUAGCUGACUUCUUUUGUGUUCUUUGAUUUUUUAUAUAAGGUUGUCCUUUUUACGCCAUUGUUACUGCUGUAUACUGUUGUAUACUCAUUUUUUUAAAGAGAAUACAUGUAGGGUACGUCACUUAGCUCGGCAUUUGCUCAAAACGCUAUCCCUACUCAGUGGGAACUUCUGUGUGAGAAUUCCCAGUACCCAGAUCGAAGAAGGACUUGAAGAUGUAUGACUGGUGUGCUUUCCAUUUUUCAACGGAUCUUAUUUGUUAUUUUUACUCCUUACAAACAGUUCAUAGUGAUGCCAACCUGCAGCUCUUCUCCAGUCACAUGAGGGCUCUCCAACUGCAUUAAACCAACCUCCUGUCCACGAGUAAGAGGGUUAAAUAACUCUAUGUUGUUACUGAUUGAUUGAUUUAUUGAUUGGAUGUAUGGCUGUGGCCACUUGAUUGUAUAUGUCAGCCAUUUUAACUGCCUGGCAAGGAUUCAGCUAAACUGCCUCAGCAACGAAUGGUAUGGCAACCCACUGACUCACUAGUUACCAAAGUUGAUGUUAGAGUUCCCCUAACCGACUGUUAACACCCAGCCUAGCCUUUAACCACGACAGAAAGUAUGCAGUGUUAUGAUUAUUGUUGUUAUAGCGUAACACAUUUGUAGACUUAUUUAUUGUUUUUUUGAAUUAAGUUGUUGAGUUUGCUUUGUGAUUGUGCAUUUAUUUUUUUUAUAAUCCUAGAGAAAUUAUGCUUUACGACUGUAUUCAUAAUGUCCAUCUGCUUGGUUUAUACUAUCCAGUAGCUUUAAGAAGGCUCGCGGAGAGGAAAGGAAAGGAGAGGAGGAGAAACUUUUUGGCAUUCUAUAUGUAUGUUGCCUUAUUGGCUGAUAGGCCGGCAGAAAUCAAGACUCACUGAAAUUUCACAUCAAAAGCAGCUCGAUAAGUAAGUCGGCGGUUUCUCUAUCCAAAUGGAGACACCGACUGAUGAUCUUUAGCAUGUCUGCUGUCGGUGUGAGCGUACAGUGAGUCUACUCUCCUCUCCGUCACGCCUCACACACCUGACUGUAAUAACCUUUUUCUCCAGUUGUUAAGUGCUGUUAUCUAAAUGCGAAGCAAAGCGGUGGUGAAAGAGGGGUUUCCGCCACACAGUCAUGGCCUCAGUGUGAGUCAGCAGUUGUAAAUAGAAAUGUGGGUAUACAAUGAUCAUCCGUUUGGCAGCUACACAAAAAUGUGUCAAAAAUGUUCAUCUUAGAAAAGAGAAAAGCAAACAAUACAUCGUACGUGUGUGAUUUAUCAGGACUGCUGUAUUGCUACAUUGUGGUCAUAGUGUGUGGAAACUCCUACCGUUUUUUAAAAGAAAACCUGUGUGCUAUCUUCUUCUCUUGUUGUAGGCAAACAGGGGAAAAGAGACCUUUCUGUACAGUUGAUUUGUAUCUAUAAGAGUUGCCUAGAUGACAAUGUGUUUGUAGGUCGACCUCUGUUGCACGCUAGCUAGCUAGCUCUCUGAGCUGCAGGUGAAAUCAAGCGAGUUAAAAUGAAAUCAGACAAGAUUUUUUUAUUAUUAUUAUUGUUUGUUUUUGUCAUGAAAUCAGGAACUUGACCUGCCCAGAAGAGACGCUCGCUGUUGCUGUAGCUAACUGUUAGCUCGACCUGGCAACAAGCCGUUUCUGUAACUUUUGUUAACUUAAAAGUCUUAUUUAUUUUGUUUUUCAAAGCGAAAACCUAU